AACGAGAACAAUACGCAUUGCCCUUUAAAUGUAUAAGAAAUCCAGGAAUUCCAGUCAGAGCAGCAAACAUGAUAGAGGUACACCCACGUUAUGGCAAUCUGUCAUACACACAGACACACCUGGGCAUACUGGAAGCCAGGUGACUUAUCACCGCGCUCAGAUCAACCGACGUUUAGAAGCAGAAGCUCAAAUCCGAUAUUACAAGAGCUAAAAGUUUGAAUCGAGGAAAAAUAAAACACUAAUCGUUUCUAUCUUCUUACAGACAGACGAGACAGUAUGCCGUGUAACUGCGAUCCCUCGCGCUUCCUGCUCGGCGAAACUCCAGAACCGGACGGUGGAUUUGGACUGUGUAUCCGAGCCGAUCAUCUUGGGUUCUCCUAAAGCCGCAUAGAGACAACAUAGCGAAGGAUAUAACCUACAGGAUUUUGUUCUUGACCAGUUUGGAUUAAUUGUCUUUUGGAUACCAGAGUGAAACUGUUGCGCAAUGAGGUUGACGUGGUGGAUCCAACUGCUCCUACUGGCCAGCGGAAGUGUGUCUUCACUGGAACGAGUCACACACAAUCCAGAAAACAACGUCAUCUGUCCUCAGGCUCUAAACUGCAGGGUGAGAUAUACAGAUCCUAUCACACCACUUGAUGUGGUCUGUGGUCCUGUGUAUGUGUGUUCUCUAGCCGUGCAGCCAAAACUGUGCUGCCACAAGAAGGACUGCAAACCCUGUUUGUGGAUCAACAUCCAGCUGAGUAUUAUUCCAGAUCUCAAAGAGGAGGAGGACAGAGAUAUUGAGAGAUCAGAAUAUGAAGAGGAGAGCAGUGGGGACUGGGAUUCAGGAUGUGUUUCCAUGCCAAAUGACACAAGGGAAGAAUACUCUCUCUGUGAAGACCAGCUAGAUCAAGCUACUAUUACAAUAUGCUACCAACCAGCAGAAGUGCAGUAUGAGUGGUGCAAGAGAUUAGACUUCACAGUGACUUCUACCGCAAGCUGUAAACUUCUCAAUCUGACUCUGGUGGAGUAUAAUGAUGUUGACUUUGGCAGAACAAUGAAGAUCACUGUUGGAUCAUUCACUAAGUCACCUGAAGUUGAAUUCCCUACAUUGAAAACAGUGUGUUCCUUAUCACACCUCAAGGACAUAGAGCAGUGCAAAGGUCCUAGGGUCUCCACUGAAAUACAGGGGAGUAAGGUGCUGUUAGUCAAUGAGGAUGAAGGAGCUUCUGAACGCUUGUCCCUGUGUAUGAAACGUGGAAGAGAAGGGAGAUGCUGGCCCUUGCCAAGUAAUAACAUUCCACUGGCGUCAAUCACAGACUGCAUGUGUUUCCAGGCAUGGAAAAAUGAUUCAGUUCGUGCGGAAAUCUGUCCUUUUGAAAAAAAUACAGAAUUUAAAACCAAUGUCCUGAGCAACAUGUCAGUGUCUUUAGCCCACAUCAAGACAAAUGAUGGUAAGCCGGUGCUAAGCUGGAAUAUAACAGUGCCCUGCAGGAUAAGAGCCGAACUGUGGCCGUGUCAGCUCGAGGCAGAUGGAAAAUGCACAGAGGUUGAAGGAUUCAGACAGAAAUGCUGUAAUGAUUGGAGUGAAAACAGCACAAUACUAUGGGCAUCCGGGAAGUUUGUGAAUAUCAGGUCUCGGAAUAACCAGCAGCUCUGCGCGAUGCUUGAGGUAGAUGGAAAGAUUGUGCAGUACUGUCAACAUCCCUUGGAGCGGCAGUAUUGGAGCCGCCUUCUUCUUCUGCCGCUGAUCUUUGUUUGUCUGACUGCUUUUGGAGUAUUUCUUCUGAUGAACAAACUCAGAUGGUCGCUUAGCGAAUGGGACAGAAGAUGUCAUUCUCAAGGUACACAAGAUAUGAGGGGACAGGUGUUGUUGCUCCAUUCCUCAGCCACGGACCCACAGCUGGUGUGUGAGCUGGGCCAGUUGUUUUCUGAGCUGGGGUUCACAGUAUUUCUCGACCUGUGGAACCAAACGGAGCUUGGUACUUGCGGCCCGGCCGCGUGGCUCCACUCUAAGCUCGAUCACAUCCAAAAGCACGGAGGGAAGGCCCUUCUGGUGCUUUCUCCGACAACACUGCAGAGAGCCGAGUUGUAUUGGAAAAUUGCAGUGGAAAGACAAAGCAAUCCUGUCACAUACUCCGCAGAUAUGCUGGCUUCGGUAUUGGGCUGCAUUUUUGCUGACCGUCAGAAGCGCUGCGCUGCUCAGCGGUUCGUCCUUGUGCAGUUAGACGUUCAUGAACUUCCCAUCAAUGAGGAGCAUGACAUGCCAAAGCUAUUGAGGGGCCUGCCGCUAUAUAAACUGCCCUCACAGUCUCAGGGAUUACUUAUGGAACUGUGUCUGGAGAGCCCAAAUAACAUGAGCGGGAAGUUGAAGAAGAUGUGGUGGAUGAAAAAGGCACAGAGAAAGCUGGCCCAAGGAGUGGAGAACAUUUUUAAGUCAAGGGUGAGGACUGAAUCCAUGCUCACUCAAUUUGAUUCACUCAGCCUAGACACGGAAGAAACAGAGGAAAAAAAAUUUCUCAAAAAUGAACAGCACUGAUAUAUCAUUUACUUCCUUGUCACACCAGAACAUUGUUUGGAUUGUCAGUCAUAUUCUGUCAGUAUGGACUAAUGACAGAUAACAUGAAUUAUAAAAGUAGCAGAAGGUCCAAGAAACAUGGGGAUGCACUGUUUUUAUGAGCAUGCUUGGAAAUACUAAGGAAGUUUAGACAUGUGCCAUCAUAAAGUACCUUUGAAUACUAUGUGAAUAUGGCAUAAUGUAGACAUAUUUACAGUAACUGGCUGUUAUCUCUGGGAAUAGCUUAAGAAGGAAGUCUGCAUGUAGUCCAAAUGAGAAAAUUCCACAGUACAGACGCUAUAGGAUGUAAAGAAUUUGAUAAAAACACUAAAAAAUACUUCAUAUUCAUACUCUACAUAUAUACCCCUAUGUUUAGGUAUUUGGAAGGAAAUUUCAUCUAACUUACUGUUUUCAUCUCUGCUUUUAUUUAAUGGUUAUUUAAAUAAUGGCUUUUGGCUAACUAUAAACAAAUUUCAUAUGUAAAUAUUGCUAUUCACAUAUUUUAUAUAUGGCUGUAAUAUAUAUUUUAAUUGAACUUUUGUAAUAUACGAUACACUUGAAAUGCUCUGGUUGUACUCAAAUAUACAGUUUUGACACUA